AUGGCGUCUCCACUCGUGCCAUUGAUCUGGGCCGGACUUGUGUGCUGUUGGGUGUUGCAGUUUGCAUCCAUCGCUGAUGCAGCUGUACCCAAUGCAAAUGCGGACUCUGAGGCACCUUGUGACAUGAGCGCAGACUACAGAGACGGUUCAGGUGUGAUCUAUAAUGUUCAGAAAACCGACUGGAACGUGUCCGCUACGGUUGUGUUCGUGCCGAAGGGCACUAAGCUGGGAUGGAGUCACGCUACGGGCGUUGUGGACCCGUCGACAUGGCGCAUUAUCAUGGAGUUCAAUUACACCAGCAUGAACCGUACAGUGCGAGUUUGGGGCACCGUCAAAUGGCAGUGCUCCGAGAUCGACUUUGACAACAAAGCUGUGUGGUGGAGACCCGAUACCACUCUCACUGACAUCCAUCUCGUGUACAUGACGCAUCUAGACGUGGGCUUCACUGACGGAGCUCGGAACGUCUGCGAUCUCUACUUCAACGAUCACUUCCCCAAGGCCAUGCGCACAGCGGCCGAUCUGCGACGUCUUAGCACGGAGGCACGCUUCGUGUACACCGAGUUCCCAUGGCUGGUGCACGAGUAUCUGACCAAUGCCGCAGGAUGCGCGCACACACCGCGCUCAGAGCAGCAGAUAGCGGACUUCACGGUGGCCGUUCAGCGGGGCGAUAUCAGCUGGCACGCGCUAUCGCUAAACAUUCUCACCGAACUGUACGAGUCGAAACAUUUCAACUGGUCGUUGGGCAUAGCCGAGACUCUGAACGGAAUGCUGGGCCAGAAGAACGGAGUGCUGUGCGGUAAACACACCGACGUUCCCGGGAUGAGCAGAUCGGUGGUGCCAUAUUUGGCGAGUCGCGGAGUGCAGGCGCUGCACAUUGGGUACAACGGCGCGUGUAUGUUCCCGUCGAUUCCGAGCGUGUUCCGUUGGCAGCACGUGGCCAGCGGCACGGAAGUGAUCGUCAUGGCCGAACCGACCUACGGAGAACGGAUUCGCGUUGAUGCGGCUGCUGACACUGCGCUCGUGUUCAUGUACACGAGUGACAACGCAGAGCCUCCAAGUGCAGCGCAGGUCCUGGCCUUCUGGGACGCGCUCAGAGCCAGGUAUCCCAACGCCAAGAUCAACGUGGAGCGUCCGCUGGACGCCUACACGCAGCUACUGGCCAGCGUGAAGCAAGACUUGCCGGUGAUCAGCGGGGAGAUUGGUGACUCGUGGCUGUACGGAGCCCCUGCAGACCCCUACCGCAUUGCUGCGUACCGCACCGCUACCUCUACGAUCAACGAAGCCAUCACCGCGGGCGACCUCGACGAGGCAAGCCCAUAUUUGGAGGAGUACCGGUACAGGCUGAUGAAGCCGAUGGAACACAAUUGGGGCUUGAGUGUGGGACAGUACUUGCCCCAGUUGCGCAGCACAACCCAUGGAAACUGGUCGAAUGCCGAGUUCUACGCCGUGCGUAAUCGCAGCGACUAUCACAGACUGGAGCGCGAGUGGCAGGAGCAGAAUGAGUUCUGUGCGCCAUCGUCUAUUCGCUCCACAGUUUUGCACUCAUCUUCGACUGACAGCACCGAUCGUCACGGCACCGAAUGGUUGCAAUUCAAUCGCAAACUAAAAACUAGACUACUGGCAUUAAAGAACGCCGACACAUCCCGCCAACCACCUUACAGCUCACAGCAUCACCAUGACAACAGCAAUGAUCGCGUGCAAAUCUCCGAGCGGCCGAAGAGUACGCCGUACACGUGCCUCGGGCGUUUCAGCGUGCAAUUCAACAUCACCGACGGCUCAAUGAUCUCACUCACGGAUACGCUGUCCAAGAGAGAAUGGCUGGGUGCGCCGAACGGCAGCAUGGGUGUGUUUCGCUAUCGCACCUACAGCAUGGUCGACUUUGAUAACUUUAACCGUGGCUACAACCCAGGGUGCGGACCGCCGUGCCCCGACUUCAGCAAAUCCGGCAUGGAGACGGCGAAUGCUACGUCUGCAGUCUGGAUGCCCAGGGUGGUCAACUUCACGGCAGCGGUGACCGGUGACGACGACGCAUGCCACUUCACGGCCACCCUGUCGCUGCCCGAGGAAACGCACGCAAAGUACGGCGCGCCACGAUACCUCAGCCUUACGUACGUCAUCACGACUUCACAGCAUGCACCGACCAGCGGCAGCCAACAGCCAGUGGACGACCUGCAUGGCAACGACAUAUUUCACUCGCAUGCACAGCAGCGUGGACAACAGCAGCAGCAUGACGAUGAUACACUGGUGUUCAGUGCCGGUGCUGGUAUAGACCACAGCAGUGGAAGCGAUCACAUACAGGUCUAUACAAAGCUGGUGUGGAAGGAUAAACCGGCCACUCGCCUUGCCGAGGCAAUGUUCCUCUCGUUCGCCCCGGUCGUUCGGAACGCCAGUCUCUGGCGCAUGGACGUACUGGGACAUGAUGUGUCGCCGCUAGAUGUGGUGGUCGACGGAACACGCCACUUACACGCGGUCGGUAAGGGUGUGCGUUACGCCGGUGUCGAGGAAAUUAUCGACAUUGCUACUCUGCAUACACCGCUCGUGGCACCUGGCGAUAUCGAUCACCUACUAGACUACGACGGCAACACACAGCCAGAUCUCACCGGCGGAUGGCAUUUUAACCUUUACAACAACCUGUGGGGUACGGCGUUCCCUCAGUGGAGCAACGAGAGUGGUAUUGCAGAGUUCUUGGUCUCCUUCAUCUCAACAACCAACACAACAUAUUAA